ACGGGGCAGUCGCCAUGGCAACGGGGCGGCCGGGCCUGGGGCGGGAGAAGCGGAAAAAGGUCGCCGAUGGCCGAGCCCCGCCCGGGCCCUCCCAGUGCUCCCAGUACCUCCCAGUGCCGCCAGUUUCCCCUUCCCAGCGCUCCCAGUAACCCCCAGUGCUCCCAGUUGCCCCCUCCCAGUCUGGAGGGGCUCAUUCCCCCCUCCCACUUUGUGCUGCGCCCCAGGUCCCUGGGGGUGGAGCUUGAGGCAGAAAGGGGGCGUGUCCAUGAAUUGGAGGUGGAGCUGAAAGCACUGAGGGGGCGGAGCCAAGACCUGGAAGUGGAGCUUGAGGCAGAAAGGAGGCGGAGCAAACACCUGGAGGCGGAGCUUGAGGCUGAAAGGAGGCGGAGCAAACACCUGGAGGCGGAGCUUGAAGCAGAAAAGAGGCGGAGCCAACACUUGGAGGCAGAACUUAAGUCAGAAAGGGGGCGGAGCCAAGCACUGGGGGUGGAACUCGAUGCCCUGAAGGGGCGUGGCCAGCGGUUGGAGGCAGAGCUGGAGGCAGAAAAGGGGCGGAGCCAAAUCCUGGAGAUGGAGCUGGACACCCUGAGGGGGCGGGGCCUUGGCCCAGAGGGGGCGGAGCCAAGCCCAGAGCAGGUGCUGCUGGGCCGCUGGCGCCAGAAGGUUUUCCAGCUGCUGCUGCAGGUGAGGCUGCAGCAGGGCCAGGAGCUGCGGCUGCAGGGACAGGUGCGCUCCCUGGGUGCUGCAGUGGCCGCCGGGUCCCGCCAGGUGUCGCUGCUGGAGCUGCGGCUGCGCCAGGGGGAGCAGGAGAGACAGCGCGGUGGCCCCGGAGGUGACAUCGGAGAAGGUGAGGGGGCGGCACCGAGGGAACACUGGGGGUGGCUCUGUCCCCAGGGUGUCACCCCCGUGUCCCCCCCAGGCCACCAAGGGUGGGGACAGGACCCGGCCACGCCCAGGCACAGUGUCCCUGGCCCCGUUGGUGAUGCAGCUCCAGGCCCUCGGUGCCGCCAUCCUCGGGGACACUGGGGACAUCGGGGACCCCGCAGUGCCAGCGCCCCCGUGGGGACACCGGUGACAUCAUCGGGGACACAGGUGACAUCAUCAGGGAGCGGUGGCACUGCGGGGACAGAGAUGACAUCACUGUGGUGGUGGUGGUGGUGAUGUCACUGUGGUGAUGUCGAUGACGUCACUAUGAUGGUGAUGAUGUCACAGCUCUGUCCCAGCCCUGGCUCGGUGUCACUUUGUCCCGGCCCAGCCCCGAUGUCCCCAAGCCACCACGACCAUCCCAGAGGGUCCCCAAAGAGUCCCUGACGUCCCCAAGGAGGUUCUUUGGUGUCCCCAACCCCCCGCAAUGCCCUCCAGAUGUCCCAGGAAUGUCCCCAGUUCCCCCAAGGUGUCCCCGGGGUGUCCCCAACCCCUCCCAGUGUCCCCAAGAGCCCCCAAACUGUCCCCAACCCUCUGCAAAGUGUCCCCAAAGGUGCCCCCAGUGCCACCCACCCUGCCUGGUACAGCCUGGGGACAGACACGGGGACAACUCUGGGGACAGCCCAGUCCCUCCCAGUCCCUCCCAGUUCGGGGUCCUGAGGAGCCGUUGGGUCCUGGCAGGGUCAAUUAGAGUCCCCGACGGCCCCACGCCCAUCCCAGAGGGGUCCCAGUGUCCCCAAGGGGUCCCAGUGUCCCCAGGAGGUCCCUGCUGUCCCCAAGGUCCCCCAGUCUCUCCCACCCCACCCCAAUCCCGGGUUUUAUUCCCUUUUUUACCUUUUCCCGCUCCUGUUGCCAUGGCGACCGCCCGUUCCCAUCCCCAUGGCAACGCUGCUCCCGCCCCUUCUGCAUCGCCAUUGGCUGCUGCGCCCCGCCCUGAGAGCGCUGAUUGGCUGAGAGCGGCAGAGGGCGGGAACAAAAACCCGGAAGCGUCUUCCCCCGUUGCCGUAGACACCCCGUUCGUGCGUUCCCAUGGUAACAGAAAUCCCGCCCCUCCUGUGCUGCCAUUGGCUGCUGUGCUCGGGAACGAGAGCGCUGAUUGGCUGGAUGUGGAUGGGGCGGGGCUAAACGCGAAACUGGGCCCAGAGCAGUACAGACUGAACUGGGAACUGGGAUAAACUGGGAACUGGGCCUGAACCAGUACAGACUGAACUGGGAACUGGGAUAAACUGGGAACUGGGCCUGAACCAGUACAGACUGAACUGGGAACUGGGAUAAACUGGGAACUGGGCCUGAACCAGUACAGACUGAACUGGGAACUGGGCCCAAACCAGUACAGACUGAACUGGGAACUGGGCCUGAAACAGUACAGACUGAACUGGGAACUGGGCCUGAACCAGUACAGAAUAAACUGGGAACUGGGAUAAACUGGGAACUGGGCCCAAACCAGUACAGAAUGAACUGGGAACUGGGCCCGAACCAGUACAGACUGAACUGGGAACUGGGAUAAACUGGGAACUGGGCCCGAACCAGUACAGACUGAACUAGGAGUGAUCCCAAACCAGUACAGGGUCUAAACUGGGAACUGGGAUGAGCUGGGACCAGUGCCUGAGCUGGGAGCAGAGCCCUGAACUGGUCUGGGAGCCACAGUGAUCACUCACAGACCCAGCACUGGUUCAUACUGGUUUGUACUAGUUCAUACUGGUCUGUAUUGCUCCAUAGUGAUUUAUACUGGUCUGUACUGGUUUGUACUGGUUCAUACUGGUCCAUACUGGUCCAUCCUGUCACUGGCUGUACUCCGGCCUCCCUGUGUGUUUCCUGUGCUCUCCCAGUGGUGUCUGAGCUGCAAGAAGCACUGGUGGCAGUGGCCACAGGGCUGCAGCAUGAGGUCAGUGGGAAUGGCCGCAGGGGAACGGCCGCAGCCCGAGGGUCAGCAGGAAUGGCUUCAGGGGAACGGCCGCAGCCCGAGGGUCAGCAGGAAUGGCUUCAGGGGAACGGCCGCAGCCCGAGGGUCAGCAGGAAUGGCU